GGCGGAGCUUGCUGGUCGCUCAGUUGAGCUGUGGAAGCCGGCAGGAUGAAGUCCAUAUUUCUGGCGCUUUUGGGCCUGUUGGUGGUGGUGAGGUGCGAGGAAGGGGCCCGGUUGCUGGCGUCCAAGUCUCUGCUGAACAGAUACGCCGUGGAAGGGAAAGAUCUGACUCUGCAGUACAACAUCUACAAUGUUGGCUCCAGUGCUGCGCUGGAAGUGGAGCUGUCCGACGACUCCUUCCCCCCUGAGGAUUUUGGGAUUGUGUCGGGAAUGCUGAGCGUGAAGUGGGACCGAAUUGCUCCCGCCAGCAAUGUCUCUCACACCGUGGUUCUCAGGCCGCUGAAAGCUGGAUACUUUAACUUCACCUCAGCCACAAUCUCUUACCUGGCCCAGGAAGGCGGGCAAGUAGUGGUCGGAUACACCAGCGCACCUGGACAAGGAGGGAUCCUAGCCCAGCGGGAAUUCGACAGGCGCUUCUCCCCACAUUUUCUGGACUGGGCAGCUUUCGGGGUGAUGACUCUCCCAUCCAUCGGAAUCCCCCUCCUCCUGUGGUUCUCGAGCAAGAGAAAGUACGAUACUCCCAAACCCAAGAAGAACUAAGGCAAACCCAUCGACCGGAUUGGCUCAGGCCACAUGUAGCCCAGCCGACUCGCAGUCACAGCGGGAUCGACUCAUCCACUGCGCAUUGAAACAAAAUAUCCGCCGUUACGUGAUCUGGAACCCCCGGGUAGGGCAAACGGGGUGUGGUGCCUCUGCUCAUGGUACUGACUUUGUUCUACUAGAACUGCCUUGCCCUUCCUGUCCCAAAUAUCCCUUUAUAUCAUGUUCUGAUUAAACGAUCCAAUUACCCGAGCUCCGUGCUGGAUGUGCCAUUGGGAGUAGAUACAGGUUGCCCAAUUCGGGUGGGGCGCUGCCAGAUCCUUCCUUAUAGAUCUCUAUUUUCUGGGUUCUAAGUAUAUUAUUUUAAAUCUGAUUGGUGGGCAAUUAUGCAGCCGGUACAUCCCAAGCUGUGAUUGGCAGGACAGGAUUUUUUAAAUACAAAUAAAUUCCUAUCAUUUUCAUAUUCCACCCCCCUUUUCUAUUGGACAUGCAGUUACAUGUGAGAGCCGAGACUGCGUUCUGUUGUACACUAGCGGCCCGCAGCAUUCCUCUCACUACAUGGAAUUCAAUGUACACAGGACGUCGCCUUUGUAUGUUCCCAAAUUUGGACAGCCGCGUGUUAUCAGGGACUGGUUUUCUAAUAAAAAAAUAAAAA